AUGGAAGUACAUGAUAAUUCUAUUAUUCUUCAAAGCAGUAACAGUAACGUAACGGUGGCAGAUUCGGUAUGGAAAUUCAUUAAUAGUCCUGUAAUUGCAAUAUUUUCUGAUUUAAAAAAUGCCACUGCUAAACAAAUGCUUUGUUCUCUUUUGGAGUCUAUACUUAAAGGUUCAGCGACUUUGACUACAGUUUUAGUCCCACCUUUCAGUAAUGGAAUACAAAAUGAAACAUUGAGAUAUCAAUAUACUGCAUUUACCACUUGGUUAUUUGGCAUUAUGUUUCACCUAGUUGGAGAUUCUUUAAAUAAUGAAGUUUUGAACAACAGUAUAGACAUACAAGCUUGUAUGCUUAGAAUCUUAUCUAGACAUCAUAUCACAAUGUUUGAAACAAUUAGUAAUGAAUAUAUGAAUAUUCUUCAAGAAAUAUCAGAAUUUCAUAAAACAGCCGGAGAAGAAGAUAAAAUUAUAUUGGCUAGAUUUCAUACAGAAAGAAAUGUCAUAGAAAAUUUGGAUUUACAAGCAUUUCCUGUUACAAUAAAAUAUUGUGAUAUACCAUUAGUACAAGCAUCUAUAAUUACAAUUAUAAAAAAGACAGGAGUUUUUGGUUGGAAUCACAAAAUACUCUAUGAAAAAAUGUUAAAACUAAUGAUUACAUCUGUUCCAAAUGUAAAAUUUGUAUCAUUAGACCUUUGUGUAAAAUUAAUGCAAUCUUCAUUAUUCAAUAAACAGGAGCAUGAAAAUUUAAUACUUUAUGCUAUUGAGAUUAUCAAAGCACUUCCUAUCUGGUUAAAUUUAUAUGAAAUAUCAGAAGAUCAAUUAAAUCAAUUUCUAUGGACAUGUAUUCAAUUUGUUCAAUCUUCACCAGUGUCUUCAAAUAGCAUUGAAUUAUGCUUUCAAAUUACUGAUUUUACAAUUAAUGAAAUAAAAUGUCAUCAUCCCAAUCUUAAUGCUGUAGAAAUCAUAAAAAAAGCAGCAUGUAGUAAAAUUUUACAAUAUUUUACUAUGAAACCAAGAAUAUGUACUUCUUCUGAAACAGAAAAAUUAAUUUCAUAUUUUGAGUAUUAUCCGGAUUUUAUUAUCAUUUUUAUUCACUAUGUUCUUAUUGAUAUUAAGCAUACAAUUAGUACAAAUAAUUUAGUUAGUAAUACAUGUGUAUCAUGGAAUUUGUUAAAAAGGGAAUUAAUAACUACAUCUCAAAAAGAAAAAUUUAGAACAUCUAUGCAUAUUUUGAAAGCCUCACGUAUUUUACAGUCAUGGUUGAAAGAAUUACAGUUACAAACAAAUUUGUAUACACAUGAGUUAGAUGAUGUUUUAAAGAUACUAUUGCAAAAUCUAAGAUCUGCACAAUGUCAGCAGAAAAACAUCAUUUUUGAAUGUUUAAUACACAUGAUAGUACACAAUGAAUCAAAUAAAGAUUUAAUUCAGAAAAUAUUAACUUUACCAUUUACACAACAUAUUGAAAUUCCGAUGAAUAUAAUGAAUAUUCAUGCAAAAGAAGCUGCUAAAUCUCUUGAUAUUGGUACAAUGGUAAAAUGCCUUGAAGUUUUAUGUGAAUAUGGUACUGGAAUAGAUCGACUGAAGAUAUUAAAUGCAUGUAUAAUUAAUCAUCAAACUGAAAUAGCAGCAGCAGCAGUGUUGAAUAGUAUAUUAAUUUUAAAAAAUGAAGAUAUACAAUUAGAAAAUAUUUCAAAGUAUAUUCUUCAAUCUGCAUUACAUUCAAAAAAACAGGAAGUUCAUGAAAUGCUUGUAAUUGCUUUGAGUAAAAUAAGCUGUUAUUUGUCAGGAUGUGGAAAUUUCAUAAGAGAAUCAGAUAAUAUAACAUGGACAUUAGAAUGCAAAUGUUGUAACAAUAUAUCUGAAAGCAAUGUAAAUUCUAACACUUACAUCUCGGAAGAAUAUGAUCAUCUUCUUAAGCCAUAUUUUAAUUUAUUAUCUUCAAGUUUUGUUUCAGUACGCUUGGAGAUCUCCAAAAAUAUUAUUUCUUUUUCAAAUCACAUCAUGUCUUUCAACAAUAAUGAAGUAGCAAGAAUAUGGUUUUCAUAUGUAGAAGACGAAAAUUUUAUAAUUCGUUCCAAUAUUGCUACAGCAAUAAAAAGAUUAUUGCUAAAUAAAAUAAAUAUCGUGUCGAAAUUUGCGAUAUCUGUUGAAGAUGAUGUACCUAACUGUUUAGAUGAAUUUGUUGAAUCACUUAUUAAUACUUUAGCAUGUGUACUUAUGAAAGCUCUAACAAAUUCAAAUCAUGCUUUACAUGAUACUUUACUUGUUACUGCAAGAAAUUGUGCAUGUAUUCCAUUGCAUAUUAUUGAAAGACAAAUUUUGAAUAUAUUUUUUAUAUCUAUAUUACACUCAACAUCAUCUCCUGCAGCAAUAGCAUUUGCAACUACCGCAUAUCACGAUAUUGCUAAAUUUUUAAAUGUUUCGCCAAAAAUUUUAUAUGUUCGAUAUAAAAAACAUUUUCUUAAGCUCAUAAUGCAGUGUGCAGUUUACAAUUUUAUACAUUACUCUUACAAUAUGGCUACAUCCGUUCAUCGUAUUGCAAAAUGUAUCGGUUACGAGGGAUCACGUCAUUUAUUACGGAAAGAUGGACAUUAUGCAGUUUGUUUUGUACUUUCUUUUAUCAUUGACGUGCCAAAUGCAAAAACUCUCUUGCAUGAUAUAGCAGAAUUAAUCAGUAUGGAUGAAAAACAAAUGUUAAAAGAAUAUUUUCCUUAUAUUUGUAGUUAUGCAUUUCUAAAUAUGCCUCUUGCGACAGCUACAGAAUGUUUAAGAUUAGUUUCAAGAAUUACACAAAUGAAUUUAUCACUCUUAACAAGACAAUCAUUUAUGGGUAUAUUUGAAGAAUUAAUGUUAAAUUUUCAUGAGUCUCCAGAGAAGAUAAUCGGAUUGUUAAAAAUUAUAUCUGAAUAUGAUAGUAGUUCAGAAAAGAAUUACAUUAUGCAAAAAGGGAUUGAAUCUUAUUUGAAUUUACGUUUACAUGGUAUAUUAGUUAACUUUGAUAUAAAACUUGGAUUAAAAUCAGAUGAACAUACUCAACAGUCUACUUUAGCGUCAUUAGCUGCGUUAAUGCGAUAUAUGGGUGCGCUAUAUUUAACACCUUUGAGAUAUAAAAUCUUAGCAACAUUGCGAACUUCAUUAGGAUUUAAGAGACCAGGAUUUGGAUCACUUGUAUGUGAUGCAUGGAAUGCAUUCAUUCAUAAUAUAGCUAUCAAAGAACUUGGCCCAUUGUUACCAACUAUAUAUGUUUCAUUAAUAUCAUUAUUAAAUGUGUAUCGGGAAAAAAUAAUUGCAAUGUUAAAGUUCCUGGUUAUUAAAUGCAAUGAGGAAAGUCCAGAUCAUAUUGCAGAAUUAUUCUUUAUAGAUGAUAUUGAAGUUUCCAUUGAAAUCUCAAGCAUAAUUAAAGCACGCAUUUUACAAACUAAGCCUAAAGGUUUUGAAGCCAAUUUAAAGUUAUGGCUUAAACGAAUUACGCAUGAAACAGACGAAAUUAUAGUCAGAGCUUUGAUGUAUCUGCAAAAAUUUUUAGCUGAAAAUCGCAGUCAAUUGAAUAAAAUGAUUUUGAGUGAAACUAAUAUUCAUCCAUUAAUUGUUGAUCUAUUACACACAUUAUUAAUUGGAUGUCAGCAUAAAGAUGAAGCUAUUCGUUUAUUAUAUGGUGAAUGUCUAGGAGAAUUGGGUGCUAUUGAACCAAGUCUUCUUCCUCGUAGAAUUAUUUCUAGAGUGGACAGUAAAUUUAUUCCUGAUAUGAAUGAAGAAUUUGCCUGUGCUAUACUUUUUGAACAUGCUCGAGCAUUUCAAAUACAAAAAAGUAGUCAAAGUAUGGAUUGUUUUUCACUUGCUGUUCAAGAAAUUUUAAAGACAUAUGAUAUCUCACCUCGAGGAAAAAACAGUGAUCUCUGGAAUAGUUUACCUCUGACUAUGAAACAAAUUAUUACUCCUUUCUUAACUUCACAUUAUAAGAUUGCAACUAUCAGCGAUGAUAAAACGUUCCCCCAUCCUAUUUAUGGUUCAGAAGCUGGGUCUUCUGUAGAAAACUGGGCUUAUAAUUGGCUUUGUAAUAUGUUUAGCAAUAUUCACGAUGAAACUCUUAUUAAUGUAUUACGUGCGUGUAAAUUAGCCCUUAAACGAGAUAUAAAAAUAUUAACGUUUUGUUUACCUCAUGUUGUGUCGUAUAUAAUAACAAAAGGCACUGAACAAGAACAUGCAAAAAUACGAGAAGAAAUGUUAACAAUUAUCGAUGUUAGGAAAAAACCUAUACUUGAUUCUGAAUUGUCAUGUCAUAGACCUCUUAGACAUGGAUAUAGUGUAAAGGCGGAUGAUGCUAGAAUUUCCGAAGAAACUAGACGUACACGUUGUGCACAGAUCAUAUUUUCAGUGUUAGAUCAUUUACAAAGAUGGCUUUGGGAACAAAGAUUAGUUCGUAAUCACAAAUAUGAUGCUUUAAAGAAUUUUUGUGAAACAUUAAAUGCAUUAGUUGUGGCAGAAGGAUGUUAUCAAUUUCGAGAAUACCAUAGAGCAUUAAUGUAUUUAGAACAACACAUGGCUUCUUCUAAUAAAGGAUUAUCAGAAGCAUUGGAAGGUGGAUUACUUGCUAAAAUAUAUGCUCAAUUAGACGAACCAGAUGGUAUAUCUGGCAUUUUAGCUACUCAAGAUCAUACUCCAACAGUUCAACAAUUAGUGUUAGCUCAUGAAGUCAAUGGACAGCUGCAGGAUGCUGCUACAUGUUACGAGAGAUUGGCACAGAAAAAGUCUUUGAAACAUACAUAUUUACAAGGGAUGAUUCAAUGUUAUCUUGGUCUUGAUCAACCUUUUACAGCAAAACAUAUUACUGAAGGAGUUUUACACAGCAGACCAGAAUUGGAGCCAUUAAUAAUCGAACACGAGCCAUUUUGGAGAUUAGCUCAUUUUACUAAGCUGGAUGACACUUCCCAAAAAAAUAUUAAGCAUAUACUACUUGAAGACCUUAGGAAGGGUAUUAAACCAGACUUAUCAUUCCUAAAAAGAAAUCUAACGUCGUUGUUGGAAGAUGCUUCACGCCCAGGGGCUUAUCAGCAGAGUUAUUCUUACAUCAUGAAGCUACAUAUAUUAAAUGAAUUUGAUAAGGCAGUUACUACUAUGUUAACUGAUAUAGAACAAUUACCAAUGAUAUUUGAAGAAUGGGAAAAACGUGGACAUCUUAUCCGCGCUUCACGUGGUGUAGAAUUUGUAUUGAGUAUGCGUAGGGCUACAUUAGACUUGGCAGUUCAGUUACAAAGAGAAAUUGAGAACAGAGAAAAUUCUGUACUUAAGCAAGAGAUUGGCAAGAUUUGGCUUAAAAGUGCCAAAAUUGCGAGGAAAAGUGGACUGCAUCAACAAGCAUAUAUGUACAUUUUGUCAGCUAGUGAUUCUUGUCCUCGACAACAACUUUAUAUAGAACAAGCUCAAUUAUAUUGGCAAAAAGGUUGCCAGGAAGAUGCUUUUAUAACUCUAAAACGAUGUUUUUCUAGUUGUUUCCAACCAGCUACAUUUUACAAAGGUUUAUCAGCAAGAGAAUAUUUAGAAGAAAGAAAGCAAUGUGCAAAGGCAAAACUUCUAUAUGCAAAAUAUAAUGAUGAAACAGUUAAUGUAGAUACCGAUGCUAACAUUAUAAAUUAUAAAGAAGCUAUUGAGGUAUGGAGAGAAUGGGAAAAGAGUCUAUUGUUUUGUGCACAGUAUUAUGAGUCUGUUAUAGACAGAAUGACUGAUGAAGAAAAAGAUUCAAGGGGGCGGGAUUUACAAGUGCAUACUAUGAAUUACUAUGGAAAAUCACUUCAGUAUGGCUGCAAGUACAUUCAUCAAUCUAUGCCAAGAAUGUUAACUAUAUGGUUGGAUUUUGCUUCUCGCACAACAUCACGAUCUAGUAAUUUUAUGAAUCAAGAAGAAGACAAAUUUCGACAAGAUGCAUUAUUAAAAAUGUCGAAAAUCAUGGAAGUGUAUCAAGAAAGGUUACCAAGAUUCAUGUGGUUGACUGCAUUUAGUCAACUCGUAUCAAGAAUAUGUCAUCCCUCUACUGAGGUACAGAAGACUAUUUGUACCAUAUUGGUAAAACUAAUUGACGCUUAUCCUCAACAUAGUUUAUGGAUGAUGGCAUCAGUUAUUAAUUCCUCUUAUCCUGCACGUCAGAAACGCUGUCAAGAAAUUCUCAGCCAUACCAAACUUAAAACACCAGAGAUGACGAAACUUAUUACAGAUUUCCAUAAAUUAUGGGAACGAUUAAUUGAACUAUCAAAUAAGGCAAUCCCGGAUGGCGUCAUGAACACUACAAUAAAUUUUUUGUCACGGAGUCUUCCCCGUUUACUUUCAAAUAAAGAAUUUAGUUCGAUAAUGAUACCAACAACCAAGUUCAGGCAACUGCAUUUACCAUCUAAGAGUAUGUCAUUAGAAAAUCAUAGUGUAUUUUCUUCAAAUUGGAUUCAUAUAUCAGGAAUAGAGGAUAAUGUAGUUGUUAUGCCAUCUCUUCAAAGACCGCGGCGUAUCACGUUAAAAGGUUCAGACGGAAAAGAAUAUCUAUUUAUGUGCAAGCCAAAAGAUGAUUUACGAAGAGACUUUAGAUUAAUGGAAUUUAAUGAUAUUGUGAAUAAAUAUCUUCAAAAUGAUCCAGAAUCACGACAAAGAAGAUUGUAUAUACGGACAUAUAGUGUUGUACCGCUUAAUGAAGAAUGUGGUUUAGUAGAAUGGGUGCCAAAUUUGGUUGGCUUUAGGCCCAUUAUAAUAAGUUUAUAUAAAGAAAGGAGCAUUGCAAUUUCGAAUAGAGAACUUAGAAGCAUGUUGUGUACAUUAAAAGAUCCAUUAGAAAAGAAAAGGAAAACAUUUUUAGAACAACUUCUUCCACGGCAUCCAUCGGUACUCGGAGAUUGGUUCCGUCUUACGUUUCCUGAUCCAUAUGGAUGGUAUGAAGCACGUACUGCCUAUAUUAGAACUACAGCAGUAAUGUCUAUGGUGGGAUAUAUUCUUGGACUUGGAGAUCGUCAUGGAGAGAAUAUAUUAUUUGAUUCUAAAUGUGGAGAUUGUGUACACGUAGAUUUUAAUUGCUUAUUCAAUAGGGGAGAAUUUUUUGAGUGGCCGGAGCGUGUACCAUUUCGUUUAACGCAUAACAUGGUAGAUGCUAUGGGACCAUUAAAAAUUGAGGGACCGUUUAGACGUGCAUGUGAAAUAACUAUGAGGGUUCUUCGACAACAAAGUAGCACAUUAUUAAGUGUAUUAACACCAUUUGUGUAUGAUCCACUUGUAAGCUGGAAUAAAAAUCAUAUUAGUGAAGGUGGUGAGAAAACAAAUGAAAAAGCUGUGGAACAUAUAAAAAAUAUAGAACAACGACUUAAAGGUUUGAUUCGAUAUCAUGGAAAAAAACUAGAGAACAUUGCUCUAAAUCUUAGUGUUGAAGGACAAACUAAUCACUUGAUGUUAGAAGCAACAAAUGUAGAUAAUCUGUGUCAGAUGUAUUUUGGAUGGGGUGCUUAUAUGUGAAAAAUAUUGCACAUACUAAACAAUUAAAAAA